AUGACACAAGCACCAGACAAAGCGCGGGAGAGACUCAGCCAGGUCUCUGGUCAUCUCGCCUCAGACAACCAGCCUGCACUUCCAUCCAGCGGUCUUGGAAAAGAUGCGAUCCUCAAGAAGUCCCCCGACGAUGUGGUCGUUACCUGCGCCAUCCGAACGCCCUUCACGAAGGGAGGAAAAGGUCCUCUGAAGGAUACAAUGGGUGCCGACCUGCUUCUAUACACGUUUAAGAACCUCCUGUCCAGAUCGAAGAUAGAUCCAUCUUUAGUGGAGGAUAUCGCUACUGGCUGUGUCCUUGCUCCAGGUGGUGGCGCAACCGAGUUUCGCGCAGCAGCUCUCGCAGCAGGCUUCCCUGAUUCUACCGCAGUCAAGAGUCUGAACCGUCAAUGCUCGUCUGGCCUACAAGCCUGCGUGGAUAUCUCAAACGCGAUCAAGAGCGGUAUGAUCGAGAUCGGUGUCGGUUCCGGCGUCGAAUCGAUGUCAACACAAUACGGUCCAGGCGCAGUUACAGAGUUCUCGGAACUGCUUGAGAACCACAUGCAGGCUGCGAACUGCAAGGUUCCUAUGGGUGUACUCUCGGAACAGAUGGCCAAGGACAAGAAAGUCACCAGGAAAGAUCAAGAUGCAUUCGCAGCGAGCUCGUUCCAGAAAGCAAUCAAGGCACAAGAGCAAGGACUAUUUGACGAGGAGAUUAUGCCUGUGACAGUCAAGUAUACAGACCCCAAGACUGAGGAAGAAAAGACAGUCACAGUAACCAAGGACGAUGGUGUGCGGACAGGUAUCACUGCUGAGUCGUUAUCAAAGAUCAGGGCUGCAUUCGCCAAGGAUGGAACCAUUCACGCCGGAAAUGCUUCACAGGUCUCGGACGGCGCCGCAGCAGUACUACUCAUGAAGCGAAGCACAGCCGAAAGACUCGGCCAGCCAAUCCUGGGCAAGUAUGUCAAUGCUUCAGUCGUCGGUGUGCCACCACUACUCAUGGGUAUUGGUCCAUGGAAAGCUAUACCAGUUGCGCUCGAAAAGGCAGGAAUUUCCAAGGACGAUGUCGACAUCUUUGAAAUUAACGAGGCUUUUGCUAGUCAAUGCGUCUGGUGCAUCAAAGAAUUGGGCCUUGAUGAGAGCAAAGUCAAUCCCAAGGGUGGUGCAAUCGCUUUUGGACACCCACUGGGCUGCACUGGUGCAAGACAAGUUAGCACACUUCUGACCGAGUUGAGAAGGACAGGGCAGAAAGUUGGUGUGUCGAGUAUGUGCGUGGGUACUGGUAUGGGAAUGGCUGCUGUAUGGGUUGCGGAAUAA